AUGCUUGAAAUAGCUGUAGAUCUUGUUAGAAUAAAACAGAUAUCAGCAAGAGAGGCGGCGCGACAAUUCGCAAUUCCUAAACAGACAAUAUUAAAUAAAUUAAACAAGUCUCAUACAAAGUCUGUCGGAUGUCCAACGCGAUUAUCUGAUGACGAAGAAGCCAAAUUUAUUAAAGUUUUAAUUGCUGCAGGGGAAUUCGGAUGCCCACUUAGUAAAUUGGAUCUUCGCCUCGUCGUGUUUGAAUACUUGAAAAAGAAUGGCCGCGAGGAUGUAUUUAACGGAGGGCCUCCUGGAAAAGCAUGGCUUGAUAAUUUUUUGUCAAGACAUUCAUCAGAUUUGUCAGUUAAUAGCACGCAGAAUAUUAAAAAAAAUAGAGCUGAGAAAGGGGUUGAUGAGUUCAUGGAAUAUUUUAGAAAUUUAGAAGAGACUUUGAAAGAUGUUGAUAUACUCAAUUUUGACGAAACAAAUUUAACAGAUGAUCCAGGAUCUUCAAAAUGUAUAUUUAGGCGAGGAGUAAAAUAUCCCGAGCGAGUGCUCAAUUCAACUAAAGGAGCCAUUUCGCUGAUGUUCUCAGUUACAGCGAACGGGAGCUUGCUACCUAUUUACGUUGUCUAUAAGGCAGAGAAUUUAUAUUCUGAAUGGAUACAGGGCGGACCGCGUGGUACUAGGUAUAACCGCACAAGAUCUGGGUGGUUUGAUUCUUUUGUUUUUGAAGAUUACUUUAACACGACUGUUAUGGAUUGGGCAAAGUCUUUACCUGGUAAAAAGGUCAUUAUAUGCGAUAAUUUAUCAAGCCACUUAAAUGUGAGUGUUAUCGAAUUAUGUGAGUGUCACAAUAUUCAGUUUGUUUUCAUUCCAUCUAGCUCGACACACAUAACACAACCCCUUGACGUCGCUUUUUUCGCACCACUUAAAAAAGUGUGGCGAGCAAUAUUACUCAAGUACAACAUGGAAAAUCCCAAACAAACUACUCUGAAUAAGAAUAAUUUCCCAAAACUUUUACAUUCUUUAGUUCAUCAAGUUGAAAUAUAUUCAUCUAAAAAUAUCAAAAGCGGAUUUAGAGCAACGGGGAUCUACCCAUUCAACCCAAGAGAAGUACUGAAGCGUGUACCAGAGUAUCAAGAAGAUGUGGCAUCAUAUGGGAUUGACAAUGCAUUGCUGGACUACUUAAAGCAGAUCAGGCAGUCAAAUCCUAUGAUAACAAAAAGAAACAAGAAAGUUAUGACUGUACCUGGAAAAUCAGUAGCAGUCGAUGAUUUACUUAGUGAAGAUAAUGAGGAUAUUAGGGAUGUUGUGAGUUGUUCUGCAAAUAGCAGAGAGAAGACUAGCAUUAAAAAAAGGAAGAAAAAACGUCGUUUGAGAAAAACUGUCAAAAAGGAAAACGUCAAACCAGUUAAGAGACCAAGAAAAUCUCUAGAUAGUUCUACAACUACUGAGGAAGAUUGGAUUAGCACCCAUAGUGAUUCUGACAUAAUUGAAGCACUUAGUGAUGUUACAAAUUUUGAAAUAAGUAUGGAAGAGUCUACAAAUAUUGAUGAAUCUAUAAAUAUGGAUAAACAAAUAAUAAAAGAAGAUAUACAUCAAAUUGACAAGAAUUUGAAUUCUUGA